AUGUCGUGCCUUUACGAGAAGUAUGAAUUUCAGGGAUACAUGUCUGGGGGAGUUAGAAGAGAAGUGGGCAACCACGCAAAGGUUUUGAACAAGUUUUGGAUCCUCAAAGAGAAGGUACCUCUGGAGUAUUCUGAAGUGGACAUGGCUUCUGAGUUUGUUUCGGUUACCGAGGAGGCAAUUUCAAAUGCAAGCCCCUCGAAGUGCAGUUCUAGUACCGAAUCACCAAGGGUGAAGAGGCUCCAUAGUUCAGAACCUGAGGUAACCGAGUUGACAGAGCUGAAGCAGGCUUACAUAGAGGAGGAUUACCGGUUGAGUGAAUCUGUUGGCCACACAGAGCUUCAGGUCACAGUCGGCGCCUUGUUAGGUUUUGCUGUAAGCUUAGCGGUAUACGCGACACUGUAA